AUGGCUGAUGCAGGAAUCAGCACCGUCUGUCUGGUCUAUCCGACUGCCCUGGUCGUCGCCUACACGGCCUCGCAUCUCAUCGUGAGGCUGUGGACGCGCGCAGACUGGGCACCGCGACGAGUCCACACCGUGCUGUCGUCUCUCUCUCUGCUCUGUCUCUCCUUGCUGUCGAGUAUUGUUCUCUCUAUUGUCGGCAUCGCCACGCGCGACGCAGACGGCCGGUGGUGGGAGUCGCAGCCCUACCUGGCCCACCAAGUCGCCGUGCUCUUCUUCUUCCUCGCCUCCAUCCUCCCCGACCCCGAACAGCCGUAUAGACCGUCGCCGGCGAGCGGCAUCGUCUGGCUCCUCGCCACCGGCUUCGAGACGGCCCUGGCCGUCUGGCAGGCCCGCACCGUGUUGGCCUUGACUGCCCUGGACCUGCUGGACAUCGUCUCGCUCUGUCUCGCCGCCACUCGCGUCCUCUGCCUCUCCCUCGGCGUGGUGUUUCUGUAUCUCUCCGCUCCCAAACAGUCUCUCCUCACCGGCGAUGAAGUCCGAUACGGAACCAUCCCCUCCCCUCCAGACACAACCAGCCCCCCCGAGACAGACUGGGUAGACUAUGUGAUCAACUUCGUCAAGGUCUUCCGGCUGAUCUGGCCGAGCGAGUCGCCCGCCCUGCAGCUCCGCGCCGUCGUGUGUCUGCUGCUGCUGGCCGUGCAGCGCGUCGUCAACGUGCUGGUGCCGCUGCAGCUCGGGGUGAUUGUGCGCUCGCUGGCGCCCGGGUCGCUCCCCGUCCAGGCGAUUGUGUGGUACGCCGCGCUGCGAGCGCUGCAGGGCGAACAGGGGGUGAUCGGCUGUGUGCGCGCGCAUCUCUGGAUCCCCAUCGGACAGGCGACGUACCGCCAGCUCAGCGCCGCGGCGUUUGCCCAUGUGCUGUCGCUGUCGCUCGACUUCCACCUGGGCAAGCGGCUGGGCGAGGUGAUGAGCGCGCUGACCAAGGGCGCCGCGCUCAACACCUUCCUGGUGACGCUGCUGUUCACCCUGUUCCCCAUGCUGGCCGAUCUGGGCGUUGCCGCGGCCUACCUGCUCGCCACCUUCGACCCGUUCUACUGCUUGAUCGUCAUCGCCAUGGGCUGGGCCUACAUCUUCACCACCAUCUACCUGUCCAAGUUCCGGGCGCGCGCCCGCCGCGAGAUGACCGCCUGCGACCGCGAGAUGGACGCCGUCAAGGCCGACGGCCUCAUCUCGUAUGAGGUCGUGCACUACAACGACGCCGUCGCCGCCGAGCUGGCCCGCUUCGCCGACCGCGUCUCCUUCUACCAACGCGCCGAGUAUGUCGUCAUGAGGCUGCUCAACCUGCUCAACGCCGCGCAGAACGUCAUCUUCACCCUGGGGGUCGCCCUCACCUGCUUGCUGUCGGCCUACAACGUCGCCGGCGGCCGCGAGACCAUCGCCGUCUUCGUCACUCUCAUCUCCUACCUCACCCAGCUGCAGGCGCCGUUGAACUUCUUCGGCAGCUGCUACACGCAGAUGCAGAACAACCUGGUCGACGCCGAGCGCAUGCUGGCGCUGUUCGACGAGGAGCCGACUGUCGUCGACGCUCCAGACGCCGUCGAUCUGGUCGACUGCCAGGGCGCGUUGGAGUUGCGCGAUGUCUCCUUCUCCUACGACGGCCGGCGCACCGUGCUGCACAACAUCACCCUCACCGUCGCGCCGGGCACCUCGCUCGCCGUGGUGGGCGAGACCGGCAGCGGCAAGUCGUCGCUGCUGCGGCUGCUCUUCCGCUUCUACAACGUCUCGGCCGGCCAGAUCCUGCUCGACGGCACCCCCGUCGAGCAGCUCACCAUCCAGAGCCUGCGCAGCCACAUCGGCGUCGUCCCGCAGGAGACGAUGCUCUUCAACGACACCCUGCUCUACAACAUCCGCUAUGCGCGGCCCUCGGCCACCGACGACCAGGUCUAUGCCGCCUGCAAAGCCGCCAGUCUGCACGACAAGAUCCUCGCCUUCCCGGACGGAUACCUCACCCAGGUUGGCGAAAGAGGCCUCCGUCUUUCGGGGGGGGAGAAGCAGCGACUCUCCAUAGCCCGCGCCAUUCUCAAAGCACCCCAGAUCAUCUUCAUGGACGAGGCGACCUCCUCGCUCGACUCGGCCACCGAACAGGCCAUCCAGGCCUCCCUGGCCGACGUCAGCAGGGGACGCACCACCAUCACCAUUGCCCACCGCCUGUCGACGAUUGUCCACUGCGACAAAAUCGUCGUGCUGCAGCAGGGCCGCAUCGUCGAGACCGGCACGCACAGUGAGCUGUUGCGCCGCGAGGGCCAGUACAAGCAGAUGUGGGAGAAGCAGUCGAUGUAG